UCUGCGCUUUUAUUUGCGCCUGCGCAGACCGGCUGCUCUGACCUUCAUUGAAGUGAACAUGUUCGCCAGGACCAGCGCGGCGGUGUUCCUCCCACAAUGUGGGCAGGUCAGGAACAUGGCAACCUUGAAGGACAUCACCAUUCGGUUGAAGUCCAUUAAGAACAUCCAGAAGAUCACCAAGUCCAUGAAGAUGGUGGCAGCAGCGAAAUAUUCCAGAGCUGAGAGGUCCCUGAAGCCCGCCCGAGUCUAUGGCACUGGCGCAUUGGCUCUCUAUGAGAAGGCAGAGAUCAAAGCUCCGGAAGACAAGAAUAAGCAUUUGAUCAUCGGUGUCUCAUCUGACCGUGGUCUUUGCGGUGCCAUUCACAGCAGUGUGGCCAAAGCCAUCAAGAGUGAGAUCGGCAAGCUCUCUGGUGCCGGCAAAGAGGUCAUGGUUGUCAAUAUUGGUGACAAACUCAGAGCUCUGCUCUACAGGACCCAUGGCAAACACAUCUUGCUCAACUGUAAGGAGGUGGGCCGCAAGCCUCCUACUUUCACCGAUGCUUCUAUCAUUGCCACUGAGCUGCUGAACUCUGGCUAUGAGUUCGACCAGGGAUCCAUUGUAUACAACCGAUUCAGGUCUGUGAUUUCAUACAAGACAGACGAGAAACCUUUGUAUUCCAUGGACACUGUUGCAAGUUCAGAGAAUAUGGGCAUCUAUGAUGACAUUGAUGCCGAUGUGCUGAGGAACUAUCAGGAGUUUGCUCUGGUCAACAUCAUCUACUUUGGGCUGAAAGAGUCCACCACCAGUGAGCAGAGUGCUAGGAUGACUGCUAUGGACAGUGCUAGCAAGAACGCUUCUGAGAUGAUCGACAAGCUGACUCUGACCUUUAACCGAACCCGCCAGGCCGUCAUCACCAAGGAGCUCAUUGAGAUCAUUUCUGGAGCUGCCGCUUUGGACUAGGGCAUGACUGAGAUAAAGCGGAGCCCUGCAAACGUUCGCUGUGCUUCUGGUGCACUUCAAUCACCCGAUGUAGAAUUCAUAAAUAUCUAUGUGCUCCUGUUUGUACAAUAUCAGAGAAAGUAAAUAAAGCUCUUACAGAGAAACACCAUCCCACUUCUGCAGUCCAUUUCUAAUGUAUAUCUUCUUUGACGUGCUCUUUUUAAAAUAAAUAAAUGUUUCUUCAACCCCG